CGGCGCGAGGCGGGCCCCAGGCAUUGUCCAGCUCUGGCUGCGGCGGCCGGACUGCUGGAGCGGCGGCGGCGCGGGUUUUUAGUAGGCGUCGCGCGGCCGAGACUAUGCUGUCUUCAGACACACACCAGAAGAGUGCAUCGGACCCUAUUACAGCUGGUUGUGAGCCACCAUGUAGUUGCUGGGAAUUGAACUUAGGACCUUCCGAAGAGCAGCCAGUGCUCUUCACUGCUGAGCCAUCUCUCCAGCCCAACAGGCUGGAGGCAAAGCUGGAAAAGACAGUGGGAAGGCCAAGGCUAAGGCAGUGUCUCGCUCCCAGAGGGCUGGGCUUCAGGACGUCUAAGACACUCUUUUGUUGUGGAUAGCUGGGCUUGUAUUUUGAUGCUAAUUCCACUCCUCAGAGGGGCUGCAGGUGUUUGCCCUGCAUGUGUGUCUGUGCAGCAUGUGCAUACAGUGCCAGAGGAGAAGCCAGACAAGGGACUCAGAUAUCCUGGAACUGGAGUUACACAUAUGCCAUUUUCCUGUGGGUCGCAUCCACAGACACUUGAAGACUCGCACAACGAGCCAUGGACGUGUGGGCGCCACUGCUGCUGUGUACAGUGCUGCGAUUCUGGAGUACCUCACAGCUGAGGUGUUGGAGUUGGCAGGUAAUGCCUCUAAAGACCUCAAAGUAAAGCGCAUCACUCCACGUCACUUACAGCUCGCAAUCCGAGGUGAUGAAGAGUUGGAUUCACUUAUCAAGGCUACCAUCGCUGGGGGCGGUGUGAUCCCGCACAUCCACAAGUCUCUGAUCGGAAAGAAGGGGCAGCAGAAAACUGCUUAGGAUGUGAGUCCCUGACCUGCUCUCCUCCCUGUCAGUAACUGGGGCAGACGGUACCAGUGCAGUGUCUGGAAAAGCAUAGACAAUUGCUGUAGACAGGAUAAAAGACACAUUUGUAUGUUUUUAGACUCUCGAAGUUUGAUAAGUCCCUUUCCCUGUGGUCACAGUCAUGUCUUGAUUGACCAGGUUUCUCCCUUGUGUUUUAUACAAAAAUAGAAAUGAUAAAACAUUUUUUACAAAAGUAA